AUGGCAGAUCGGCACAUCAUCUGUGUCGAGCCCGCUAGCGGUCGCGGCGAGCUUGUCGUUGUCCAGGUCGAGCAAGACGGGACGCAGCCACUCGACCUGCGUCUCGUGGGGUGUGAAGGCGAAAACCCAUAUGUGGCUUCGAUCAAGCAGCGCAAUCUUGCAAAGCUGAAACUCAAGUUCAAGGGUUCAGAUGAGGAGUGGGCGGCGGUAUUAUCUCAUUUCCUGCUGCAAAAACCCGUCACGCACAAUGCUGGUUUGUUAACCGGCGUCCGACUGGUGUACACACUCAAAGACGACCUUGAGCUUUCUUUUCGGCGUGAUGUCCAGGGGAUCAAGGUCACACUGGGUGAAAUCGUGCUACCACGAGAUGACGAGUACGAAUUCAACCCGUUUGAGUGGGCACAGGCGUCUGCCAAAGCGCAUGCGGAGACGCUGAAAGAGCUUGCCGAUCUAAAGACAAGGGCAACCAGCGAGCAAGACACCAUUGCCAAGCUGAAUGCACAGCUGGACGACUUUAUCAAGACGAAAAAUGAGACGGAAACGGCCAUGCUGCAGCAAUUCAUGCAGCUGCUUAACGAAAAGAAGAGGAAGAUUCGAGACCAGAGCCGAUUGCUAGCUACUGCCAAGGUGGACAGCUCUGUUGGUAAGUCUCGCCGAAAAGGACCCAAGGGCUCACUGACUCGAUGUGAUGUAGCAAGUGCCGUCCAGUCCACAAGGACGGGUCCUAAUCCCCGCAAGGUAGGCACAUCACGGCAGUCGAAACGAAAAGCACCGGCACAAGCAGCAGAGGCAGAUGUGCAGUCGGGGCCUGACAGCGACCAAAUGGACGUCGACCCCAAGGAAGAACCGGACAGCGACGACGCACCAGCAGCUACUCCUGAGGCAUCAGAGGAUGAGACUGACGAGGAAGAGGCCACGGCGCCGUCAGUACGCGCCAAGUCAUCGGAGACAUUGGGAGCGAAUUCUGCAAAGGCAUCACAGGAAGGGGCAAAGAGUAGUGACAAACCCCCUCCCAAGCGGGAAUUGCCGUUUGGCAGGCCGGCAACACGAAGCAAGCCGUCGGAGAAGAAGCCAGAGCCGGCUGUAGGUGAUGAUGACGAGGAUGCUACAGAUGAUGAGGAGCUCUGA